AAAAUGAGAUUUUAAGCUGGAAGUAUCUUGUUGCUUAAAGAGUAUAUGCAAGUGGUGGUUUUUGAAAGCUGAUUUUACAACAUGAAGCAAGUGUUGGGUGAAAUAGUUUAGUUGAAUAACAUUGAAAAGGUAAAUUAAUUGAGGAGGAAAGAAAGGGGGAGAGGAAAUUGAAUUGAAAUAAAGGAGUGUGGAAGUGAAUAUCGAAGAGAGAAUUUUGUACAUAAUCGGUUUAUGUUAAUCAGUGAAUAAAUAGGGUUAUGUUAAUUAAAACUACGAUGAAGGUAAAACAACAGCUUCGUGAAGCCAUAGAUCUUUUGUUCACUCGCGGUCCUGCUUCUUCUGCUGAUUACACUCGUCUUGUGCUUCACUGUGCUCAAGCCAAUGACUUCAAUCAAGCCAAGAGAUUGCAAUCUCACAUGGAAAUUCAACUUUUUCAACCUCAAGAUUCCUUCAUCCAUAACAAACUUCUCCAUUUAUAUGCCAAAUGUGGCAAGCUCUCAGAUGCUAAACACCUGUUUGAUAAUAUGCCUAGGAGGGAUGUUUAUUCUUGGAAUGCCUUGCUUUCUGUUUAUGCCAAGGUCGGCUUGGUUGAGGAUUUGUGUGCGGUCUUUGAUCAAAUGCCUUGUCGUGAUUCUGUUUCGUAUAACACAUUGAUUGCUUGUUUUGCAAGUAAUAGGCUUUCGAGCAAAGCAUUGAAAAUUCUUGUGAGAAUGCAGGAAGAUGGGUUUCAGCCUACCCAGUACUCAUAUGUGAAUGCAUUGCAAGCAUGUUCUCAGCUCUUGGAUUUCAGGCUUGGGAAACAGAUUCAUGGGAGAGUUGUUGCUGCUGAUUUUGAGAAAAAUACAUUUGUUUGGAAUGCUGUGACUGAUAUGUAUGCCAAGUGUGGUGAUAUAGAUAGGGCGCGCUGGUUGUUUGAUGGAAUGAUUAAAAAAAAUGUUGUUUCGUGGAAUCUCAUGAUCUCUGGGUAUGUGAAAAUGGGGAACCCUGAUGAGUGCAUUCAUUUGUUCAAUAAGAUGCAAUUAUCUGGUUUGAAGCCUGACCAAGUUACAGUUUCUAAUGUUCUCAAUGCCUACUUUCAAUCUGGACGUGUAGAUGAUGCAAGGAAUAUGUUCAGUAAAAUAACCAAACGGGAUGAGAUUUGUUGGACUACGAUGAUUGUUGGUUAUACACAAAGCGGAAGAGAGGAGGAUGCUUUGAUGUUGUUUAAUGACAUGCUUCGUGGAAACGUCAGACCUGACAGCCACACCAUUUCUAGUGUUGUAAGCUCAUGUGCCAAGCUUGCAUCUUUGUAUCACGGUCAGGUUAUCCAUGGAAAAGUUAUUCGUAUUGGUUUUAAUAGUAAUAUGCUUGUAUCGAGUGCACUUGUUGAUAUGUAUUGCAAGUGUGGAGUCCCUUUCGACGCUCGCAUAAUUUUCGAAACUAUGCCUGUUCAGAAUGUGAUCACUUGGAAUGCCAUGAUUUUGGGUUAUGCACAAAAUGGACAGGGUCAACAGGCCUUGGCUCUGUAUGAAAAAAUGCUGCAAGAAAAUUUGAAACCUGACAAUAUUAGUUUUGUGGGUGUCUUAUCGGCUUGUAUCAAUGCUGAUAAGGUUGAAGAAGGACAUAAAUAUUUUGACUCAAUCAGUGAACAAGGGAUGACACCGACGUUGGAUCACUAUGCAUGUAUGAUUACUCUCCUUGGUCGGUCAGGUAAUAUUGAUAAAGCAGUGGAUUUAAUCAAAGGUAUGCCUCACGAACCAGAUUACCAGAUUUGGUCCAGCUUACUAUCUGUUUGUUCCAAGGGCGACAUAGAGACUGCAGAGUUUGCGGCUAAUUAUCUCUUUCAAUUGGAUCCAAAUAAUGCUGGACCUUAUAUCAUGCUUUCCAACUUGUAUGCUGCUUGUGGGAGAUGGAAAGAUGUAGCUGUUGUAAGGUCAGUUAUGAAGAACAAAAAUGUAAAGAAGUUUGCUGCAUACAGUUGGGUUGAGGUUGGGAACGAAGUCCACCGAUUUGUUUCAGGAGAUCACAAUCAUCCAGAAACGGAAAGAAUCUUCGGUCAAUUGAACAGAUUGAUCUCAACAUUGCAACAAAUUGGGUAUAAUCCAGAUACAAGCAUUGUUCUACAUAAUGUGGUAGAGGAAGAAAAAUUUAGAUCCAUCUCUCACCACAGUGAGAAACUUGCUCUCGCGUUUUCUUUAAUUAAAAAACCCAAUGGAGUUGCACCAAUACGGAUCAUAAAGAAUAUACGUAUCUGUGAUGACUGUCAUGUAUUUAUGAAGUUUGCAUCAAUGACUAUAGCUCGGCCAAUCAUUAUAAGAGAUUCAAGUAGGUUUCAUCAUUUCAUUGGUGGAAGUUGUUCUUGCAAGGACCUUUGGUAAAAUGGUAAUCUUCUGUGCUUUGAAGUUUGAAUGUUUCCAAAAGAAGGGUGCAUUGCAUACUGUCAUAUGCACUUCGUAUCCUGUCUAAAAGUUUUUGAAACAAGGUGAAAAGGUGAAAAGCUGUAUGAAUAUUAGGUGAGAAGAACAACAAUGCUAUGAUGAAAAUUUCUUGUGACAAAGCAAAGCAGCUAAAGACAUUUGGGUCUAGAAAACAAUUGUGUGAUCGGUUCAAUUAUUCAGGUAGAGCCUUGAAAGACGUGUGCCAUAUGAAACACAAAUUUGGCUGAGGCAAUUGGUUGUUUAUUAAGUACAUCAACCUUGAAAAAAUCCUUACGCAGAAAGUUUACAAACCUCACUUGUGUCGCAUCAUAACUUCUCACAAGUAAUUUAUGCCUCUUAUAGUCUAAAUGGCAUGCUAUAUCUUCUUCUAAAGAUGUUAGGUUACAGUGUUAGAUUAAAAAUGUUAGCUGAUCAUCCACUUUCCUCAUCAUGUAUUAGUGCAACAAGUUUUGUAGCUACAUUAAAAUUAAAGUCUUUUUGCUUAUAGCAUGCCAAAACCAAUGAGCAUGUCACUUAGCUACUGCAGAGGUUAUGUGUGGUACUUGGUCUUUAAAAACUUGGCAAGGACUGCAUCAUCCGAAUAAAACGGUUUCCAGUAUUCAUGCUUGUAGAGGCAUUUGGUAACAGCAAGUCACCUCCAUUGUGUUUGAACCUUGACUUCACUGAGCAGAACUCCCUCCAGAAAACACGAGAAUCAGGAUGCUUUUGAACUUCAACUGCAGCGAGAGGAAGAUAGAGAAAAAACAUAUGGCUUCUACACUUUCAGAUUUUAUAAAAUUAAUCUCCUUUUUGUUGCUUCAUCUAAAAUUAUCAAAUAAAGCACGAGGUACUUUUCUUAUGGUUGAUGUGUAAACUAUUGAUAUUUAGCAUUUACAUAACGUAUGCAAGGUACUGAUGUUGUGGUUUUAA